UAUCAUUCCUACGAACUCUACCUUUCAUGGCUCAAACUCAAUCAUCUUCACGUAAUUCCUUUCUGCUUCUCUUAUCAUGCACCCUUUUCCGACAACUUUACGCUUCCAACACUAAAAUCGGCGUCAACUAUGGCACAAAGGCAGACAAUCUCCCACCGCCCUCAACGGUGGCAACCUUCCUCAAAUCUCAAACCACCAUCGACCGCGUCAAAAUCUUCGAUGCCAACCCCGACAUCCUCCGCGCCUUCGCCGGCACUGGAAUCUCCGUAACCGUCACGGUGGCGAAUGCCGCCAUCCCCUCUCUCUCAACGCUUCCUGCCGCGCAAGCUUGGCUCUCCCAAAACAUCUCCCCCUUCCUACCGGAAACCGCCGUGACGCGUAUCUCCGUCGGGAACGAGGUUGUGGAAAGCUCCGACGAAACACUAAUCGCCAACAUUCUUCCAGCUAUGAAAUCCCUCCACGAUGCUCUCUCCCACGCCAACCACACUACCGUCCAAGUCUCUACUCCUCACUCGCUCGGAAUCCUGGCCUCGUCAGAGCCUCCCAGCGCCGCCUCGUUCCUUCGUGGCUACGACAAAUCCAUCUUUGGGCCGAUGCUGGAUUUCCUCCGACGUACCAAGUCCCCCUUCAUGGUGAACCCGUAUCCGUUCUUCGGCAUCGCCCCAACCGAUCCCGAGACCCUGAACUACGCGCUCUUUAAAGAAAACAGCGGUGUUUGGGAUGCAGGCACGUCGGUGAACUAUACGAACAUGUUCGAUGCGCAAAUGGACGCGAUUUUCUCGGCGAUGAAGAAACUGGGGUAUGAUGACGUGGAACUGGUGGUGGCCGAAACGGGUUGGCCCUCUGUUGGUGAGCCGAAGGAAGCGGGUGUGAGUUUUGAGAAUGCGGCGUCGUAUAAUGGGAAUCUCAUCAAGCACGUUAACUCUGGGAAAGGGACCCCUCUUAUGCCUGAUCGGACUUUCGAGACUUUCAUCUUCUCUCUCUUCAAUGAGAAUCUCAAGCCCACAGUUUCUGAGCGUAAUUAUGGCUUGUUUAAUCCUGAUCUCACCCCCGUUUACGACGUCGGCGUUUCCAUUGCCAAAGAGGCAUCUGUUCCGACGUCCGGUCCCGGACCCACAUCUGGACCCAGUCCCAUAUCUGGACCCGCAUCUCCACCUGCAACCAGUCCCAUAUCUGGACGUAAAUCUGGACUCAGUCCCACGUCUGCACCCGCAUCUGGACCCAGUCCCACAUCUGAACCCGUAUCUGGUCCCACGGCAUUAACACCAUCAGAGGCACCUUCUUCUUCUUCAUCAUCGUCUUCGAAGAAGAAAUGGUGCGUGCCAAAAGGGGAUGCGAGUGAAGCAGCUUUGCAGGCUAACAUUGACUUUGUUUGUAAAAGCAGUGGAAUAGAGUGUGGGGCCAUUGACGACGGUGGGAAAUGCUUCAAGCCCAACACAGUUAGGUCCCACGCGGCGUACGCCAUGAACGCAUAUUACCAAGCAUCUGGUGGUAACGAUUUGGACUGUGAUUUUAACAACACCGGACUCAUCACUUACACCGACCGUAGUUCCCAGGAAUGUAAGUCUCCAGAUGCGGCUACUGGGAUGAAGACCAGAAAACCCGACGAAGCUGGCUCAAUAACACGGGGCUUCCACAACAAUCUCUUCUUUAUUUGUAUUUCAUUUCUAAUUUCUUUCACAUUUUUCUAA